AUGGUGGAAAGCUCUGUUUCCAUGGCGCUUUCCGAUUUCUACGCCAUUAACAGUCAUUACACAAAAAGACUCUCUCUCUCAUUCAGAGAUUCCCAUGGAGACCCUCUCGUUGCUCUCUCUUCAGGUUUUGCGAAUGAAACAGCUUUGGAUCUGCUGCAAAAUGUAGGAGUUGAAGCGAUUAUCGGAGGAUUAGGGAUGAUGGGGAGAUUAGGGAUGAUGGGUGAAGGGUUUGUUUGGAUCCUCACUGCCAARAGCAUCAACAGUUUCCAUGAGAACACUGAUGAUUUUGUAAAGGAGGCAAUGGAAGGUGUGGUUGGUUUCAAGUCUUACAUUCCAAUGUCUAAAGAGCUUCAUGAUUUCACUUGGAGAUGGAUAAAAUCACUGCCUGUUGAAGAAAAUGUUGGAUUAGCAGAGAUGACUCGGUUAAGCAUCUCUGGCGUAUGGGCUCAUGAUAUCGCUUGUGCUCUUGCGAGAGCAGCGGAAGUAGUUGCUAGUAUGUCGAGUGUAUCAUCAACUCUCCUUGAGGCAAUCACAGAGACUAGUUUUAAGGGUUUGAGUGGCGACUUCCAGUUAGUCGAUAAGAAGUUGUUGUCGAACAAGUUUGAGAUAGUGAAUAUGGUAGGAUCAGGUGAGAGAGGGGUAGGAUUUUGGAAUUCUAAUGGUAGUUUCAGCAAUAGAAGACAUCUAUCUUCUACACAUAACGAGCUGGAUACCAUAAUUUGGCCCGGUGGGUCAGCUCAAAGUCCGAAAUGGCGCAAUGAAAGAGAAGGCAAGAGCAAAAAGCUGAGGGUUUUGGUUACAUCAAGCAACAGAUUUCCAAGAUUGAUGAAGUACAUACGUUGGCUCAAUGGGAGUGACUAUGACAAUCUUGCAUAUGCACUUUAUACCCAGAAAGACAAAUAUGAUGCAGCGGUGGGAGAUACUACAAUCACUCCGAAUAGAAUGAAGUAUGCUGAUUUUACGAUACCAUUCACUGAAAUGGGUCUUGGAAUUGUUGCUCCAAAGGAGACAAGUAUGUGGGUGUUCUUCAGACCUCUAACACCAGAUCUUUGGAUAACAAGUGCAGCUUUCUUUGCCUUGACGGGCAUUAUAGUUUGGCUCAUAGAAAGAUCUGAGAACACCGAGUUCCAGGGAUCUUGGUCCCAGCAGAUUGGAGUUAUGCUAUGGUAUGGCUUCUCUACCCUCGUUUAUGCUCACAGGGAGAGGCUAAAACACAACUUAUCUAGAUUUGUAGUUACGGUUUGGGUAUUUGCAGUGCUCAUAUUGACUACAAGUUACAAUGCAACAUUGACAUCAAUAAUGACGGUGCAAGAGAUACGACUCAACUCAAACAAAGACUACGUGGGUCACCUUUCGGGCUCCCUCAUCGCAAGUGCAGUCCUCACCAAUUCCAGCCUACGAAUGUUCCAAAAGGGCCAUGAGUUGGUGUCGCACGUGUCACGGGAAAUAUCCAUUUUAAGGACGAGCGAGAGGCUAAACGAGAUGGAGAAAAGAUGGUUUAAUAAGCAAUUCCCAUACGCAACCGGUGAUACGGCAGAUCCUAAAUCCCUUUACAUGUUCCGCGGAUUGUUUAUGGUCACUGGAGUUUCUUUCGCUUUCGCUAUUACAGUACUUGUCCGAGACAAAUGGAAAGUUCUUGUGAACUCAGACAUUUCAAGAUCCUCCUCGCAGAAACUUUCCUUUCAAAUCGCAUCGAUGAUGCCAUUGGCGAGAAUAUGGUUCAAAUGGCUCAACAUAACUAACAAAUAG